AGGUGACGAGGACAAAAGACAAGGUGGAGGCAGCCUGGAGAAGGUGAGUUUUAAGACCCCCCCCCCUCCAUGGGAGCCCCAGCCCGGAGGCCUGCAGGCCAUCACUUUUUGGUCCAGAACCGCUUGUACCGCUCCACAUCAAAGUCAUCGCCCAGCAUCGGCUCCUCCUCCUUCUUCACGCGGAGCUGGGCCUCACGUUUCCGGAACCUCGCCCGCCGCUCCUCUGGGGACAGGCUGUCCAGGUCCACAGGCAUCUGCAGGAAGGGAGCGGUGCGCCCCUGGCUAGGAGGUGGGGAGGACGGGCAAGGGGCCAGGAGACCCUCUCCCCUCCACUUCCCCAAGUUUCUUCCGCCGCUGUUGGCCUUCCUCCACCUUCUAAGCCUUUAUUCUCGAAAAGGACUUGAUUCAAUCAAAGGUGCAGCUUGCUACUGCAGAGAGGUCUGGCUGUGCAGCGUGCACCAGUCCACCCUCUUCCCAGCUGCCCUGCCCUGGCUCACCCUUAUGCUGCUGUGCUCCAAGCCCUCAGUCCCCACAGUCCCGCCCUGCACCUAGGGAGGGAGCUCACCACCAGCAUCCUUCGUGGCUCUCGGUAGCGGAUGUGGAUGGUGGAGCCAUCCUGCCUGACCAGGAGCACAGGGUAGAGGCGUGCGUAGUUCUGCCGGUGCAGGCGUGUAAGGGAGGCUCUGCUGCUGGCGGCCCGCCAGGAGGACACAUGCGGGCGGCAGCCCGUCAGCACACACUGCCGCAGCAGGCUGCAGACACACGCACAGAGGCAGAGGAGGCCGAGAAGCAGCAUACAAGGUUCCCAGGCAGCUUAGGAGACAGGACAGCAGCCGGGAUGCAGCAGGCCCAGCACGGCUGGCUCUGAUGAGGCACGGCUGCCCAGUGCAGGUGCUGGGCUCAGUGUGGGACCAGAAGCUGACUUCCAGGGACGUACCCGUCGUUACGACUUCCACAUCUGUCCCGACCCAAAUGUGGGGAUACCAGAAGGUAUUGUCAGGAGCCAUGGCCUUUGGGAGGUGGUGAGAGUUAAAGGAGGUCCUGAAUGCCCUCUCUGCUGGUGCCCUGGGAAGGGGCCCCUGGUGGGGCUGAAGCCAAAUAGGAGGUAACAACAAAUUCGACAAGAACUUGUCCCAGGACAAGAACUCUCCAGGGAGCACUACAGCCAGAGUCCCUACUCCAUCUCCACACAAGCACCAGCUCCAGAAGCUCUGUCCCUUUCCCCCAAUUCCCCAGAAACGGGAAACUUGCACUCAUUCUCUCCAAUGGCAGCAGUUCUUGUCUUGGGGAGUCCAGGGGAGGAGGGGAUGGCAGAUGGAGAGGCAGUUCCAGUAGAAAGAACAGGAGGGAGCUAGGCUGAGCUGCAGGCUCCGAGUAGGACAGUGAGCAGUUGAGUCUGGUUAGCUAUUUCCUUCCUGCCUCAAAAGCCCACCCAAAGGAUGUAUUCAUAAGUACCCCAUCUCUAAGAGUCGUGUGUUCUCCAGAUAGAAACACACACAGGAAGCUGCUCUGAGGUAGCACGGUCUAAGGCUACAGGUUGGCAUCCCCCCUGGUGGGCCCACAACAGCCUGGAAACCGCUACUUACCGAAGCAGGCUGCCCUCGGAUGCCAUUCUUCCUGAGAGCCCGGUGUUCUGUGAAGUCGAGGGUCAGUCAACAGGCCUGGCGUGCAAUCUUCUGGGCAAAGAGAUGAGAUCUUUUGGAAAGACAGGCUUUCCAUCGAAUUAAGCCUCAUCAAGUUCCGGCCAGGAACGAAGCCAUGGACCCAAGCCCGCUGGCCAGGCGUGUUACUGCCGGUCUCAGCAGCCCAUCCGGGUCUCAGCUCUGGGCGGGCAGCAGAAGCCCCUGCCUACGGCUGUCCUCGUCCUGGCCCCACGGAUGGGAUGUCCGGGCCGAGGCCCAUCGUCCUGAGUGGCCCAUCGGGCGCGGGGAAGAGCACCCUGCUCAAGAUGCUGCUGCGGGAGCACAGCGGCCUCUUCGGCUUCAGCGUGUCCCACACCACGAGGACCCCGCGGCCGGGAGAGGAGAACGGCAGAGAGUACCACUUCGUGACCAGGGAGGCCAUGCAGCGGGACAUCGCCGCCGGCGACUUCAUCGAGCACGCGGAGUUCUCAGGCAAUCUCUAUGGCACCAGCAAGGCGGCCGUGCAGGCUGUGCAGGCCCUGAACCGCAUCUGCGUGCUGGACGUGGACCUGCAGGGUGUGCGCAGCAUCAAGAAGACCGACCUGCGGCCCAUCUGCAUCUCCGUGCAGCCGCCCUCGCUGGACGUGCUGGAGCAGCGGCUGCGGCAGAGAGACACGGAGACGGAGGAGAGCCUGGCCAAGCGGCUGGCAGCUGCCAGGGCCGACAUGGAGAGCAGCAGGGAGCCCGGCCUGUUCGACCUGGUCAUCAUCAACGACAGACUGGACGAGGCCUACCGGCUCCUGAAGGAGGCGCUCUCCGAGGAAAUCAAGAAGGCGCAGGAGACCAACCUCCUUUCCUGAGGACACGCGGGCUGUGUCCUUCCCAGACGGGCCUGGGUCUCUGGUCAGCGGGCAGCACCGGGGGUGGGGGCGCCGACACGUCUGGGGGCUCCCUUUGCUGCAGCUCCUGCCUUGCACCCCUCGGUGGGGGCGGGGCUGACCCCCUAAUAAAGAAGCCCUGCGCUACUGUGUAGCUGUGUCGGCUGCUCCUCUGCCCCGCUGUCCAGCAUCC